AUGUUCUGUGGCCAUAACCUCAUUUAGAAACAUUUUCAAUUUAAUUCAAAAUUUUUAUUUUCUUUUGACAAAGAUUAACUUUUCUCUUUGUGCUUGAUAAUAAAAAAACCAAUAUGAAAGUGAAAAAAAUUAUUGACCAAAAAUGGAAACCUGUUGUGAUUAAUGGUUCAGUGUUUAAUGAAGGAUAUGAAGAUUUAGUUGGGAUAGAAGAAUGUACAGAAUAUGAACUCGUUAAUAAUCAGAGCAGGAAACGUAAAUUGAAGAAAAGCGAAUCAGAUCACCAAUUAAAAAAAAAACAGAAAAAAAAGAAAAAAUGUGAAUUAGAAAUUGCUCCAUCUAAAUUGGGAUCCACAGUUGAAGAAAUCGAUGAACAAUCAAAUGUAGAAACAAGUGCCUGGAACAGGUUUGGUCUUUCGGAACUCCUGUUGAAAGGAAUAAGAGAUCAAGGCUUUGAGUAUCCAACAGAAAUUCAAUCGCUAUCUUUACCUGCAGCAAUUUUUGGUAAAAAAGAUAUACUAGGAGCAGCAGAAACAGGUAGUGGAAAAACAUUAGCAUUUGGUCUUCCCAUACUGAAUUCCAUCAUACAAAUGAAAUCGGACGGUAUGUGUGAGGAACAUCCCCUUUUUGCAAUCAUAUUAACACCAACAAGAGAACUUGCUAUUCAAAUAAAAAAUCAUUUGAUUGCAGUGGCAAAGUAUUCUGAUAUCAGUAUAGCAGUUUUAGUUGGAGGAAUGGCAGUGGUGAAGCAAGAAAGAGUAUUGAGUAAAUCUCCAGAAAUUAUUGUUGCCACACCGGGAAGAUUAUGGGAAUUGGUGCAAUUAGGAUAUGAACAUUUGCUUGAAAUUGAUAAAAUAAGAUUCCUGGUUAUAGAUGAAACUGACAGAAUGCUGGAAAGAGGGCAUUUCCAAGAACUGCAGAGUAUUUUAGAAAAGAUAAAUGGAAAUGAAGAAGCCAAAAAACAACGACAGAAUUUUGUUUUUUCUGCUACUCUAACAUUAACACAUGAGUUACCCAGGCAUAUUGUGAAAAAAAUGAAACAAUUCAGAAAGAAUGUUGAAAUGACCCCAGAAAAAAAACUUAAGAAAAUUAUUGACAGCUUAGGAAUACAUGAUCCCAAAAUUGUGGAUAUUACUAAGGGAAUUGGUUUAUCAAAUAAUCUUUCCGAGGGAAAAAUCAACUGUUUAAUAGAAGAAAAAGAUUAUUACGUUUAUUAUUUUCUUCAGAAGCAUCCAGGAAAAACUAUAAUAUUUUGCAACUCGAUUGGCUGCGUAAAACGCUUGACAACACUUUUAACAUUGUUGGAGUGUCAUCCAUUACCUCUUCAUGCAUCAAUGCAGCAAAAGCAACGAUUGAAAAAUCUUGAAAGGUUCAGAGAUAGAGAAAAUUCUUUAUUAAUAGCAACUGAUGUGGCCGCAAGAGGAUUGGAUAUUCCAUCAGUGGACAAUGUUUUGCAUUACCAAACACCACGAACCAGUGAAAGUUACAUUCAUAGAUCUGGAAGAACUGCUAGGGCCACCAAAGAAGGACUUACCCUUCUCAUCAUUGAUGCAUCUGAGAUAAAGAAGUACAUUGGGGUAUGUCGUACCCUGAAUAAAAGUGAAGAUGUACCAAAUUUCCCAGUUGAAAGGAACUAUUUAGAUGCAGUUAAGGAGAGGGUAAAUUUGGCAAGAGAAGUGGAUAAACUGCAAUUACAAGUCCGAAAAACAAGUGCUGAGAUUGGAUGGUUUGAAAAAGCUGCCAAAGAAAUGGAUAUCAUAAUUGACAAUGUGUCACUCAACCAUGACUCCAAAGACAGGGCAAAAUAUAAAAAGUUAUAUGACAUUAAAAGGAAGCAGCUUGCUAAUUUAUUAGAGAAACCAAUAUUUCCAAGGGGGAUCAAUGGAAAAUACCCUCUUAUAAAUCAUCCUUCACUGGUUGACAAUUUGGAAGUAACAGAAAACGCUAUAGACACAAUGAAAAAAUCAGUUGAAAAUGAUACGAAAGACAAAAAGAAGGUGAAGUACUACAAACCCAGAAAGCCUAAAGAUGGAUCAACUAAAAUUAAAAAUAAACAAUGAAAGAAC